CCAAAAACUUUCAAAGCCCACCACUUUUAAUUUUCUUUUUUCUUUAUAUUUAAGUCUCUCUCUCUCUCUCUCUCUCUCUCUCAUUUCUCCUUUUUCUCCUGUUUGGUAGUUCAUCUUCAUCAUCUCAUUAAGUUUCUUUUUUUCUUUUCAUUUUUAGUUUGGUAAAAUUACAAUAACAAUAAUGGUGGAUCUUCAGAUCGUUUGUUGCAUGUGUGGCGAUAUCGGUUUCCCCGACAAGCUCUUCCACUGUAACAAGUGUCGCAACCGCUUCCAACAUUCCUACUGCAGCAAUUACUAUAGUGAAUCGGCGGAGCCAAUAGAGGUGUGUGAUUGGUGUCAGUGUGAAGGACGGAGCACCUCCAGAUCACAUGGAAGCUCGUCCAGGAGACCGCCCUCCACUGGUACAAACGCCACCGGAAUCAUGACCCGCUCCGAGUAUUCCGGCGACAAAUUAAUCAAGCAUCAUCAUCAUGAUUCUCCCACCGAGAAGGGGAAGCACGGCGGCGCCGGUAGUACUUCGUCGCCCAGGCCGACGACGCGGAGGUACAAGCUUCUCAAGGACGUAAUGUGCUGAAAAAAGGACGGUGUGAGCUAAAACGCAGCGUUUUGGGGUUCGUUUUAUUUUCUCUCGAUAUAUAUAGUUCUCUUUUUCUUAUUCUCAAAUGUUAAUUAUUAUUAUUAUUAUUAUUAUUAUUAUUAUAUAUAUAUAUAUAUAUGUAGAUAUAUGAUAUAGGUUUGCUUUUGAGUGUGCGUGGAAAUUACAUCUGUAGACUCCAUGAAUUUUGCUUUGUGUUAUAUAUAUAUAUAUUAUAUAGUUUGCACUUUAGAUAUUUAAAUAAUAAAAAAAAUUGUAAUUAUAGUGUA